CGACAACAUGGCGGACGCUGUUGAUGUAAAGGUUUCUUUAGUUUCGGAAAGUACAAAAGUAAGGUAAGAAACGGGUGUUACUAAAACGAAGACCCAAAAACGAAGACCUAAGACCUAAGACCCCUUGGACUAAAACGAAGACCCUAUGGACUAAAACGAAGACCCUAUGGACUAAAACGAAGACCCCAUGGACUAAAACGAAGACCCCAUGGACUAAAACGAAGACCCCUUGGACUAAAACGAAGACCCCAUGGACUAAAACGAAGACCCCUUGGACUAAAACGAAGACCCCAUGGACUAAAACGAAGAUCCCUUGGACUAAAACGAAGACCCCUUGGACUAAAACGAAGACCCCAUGGACUAAAACGAAGACCCCUUGGACUAAAACGAAGACCUCAUGGACUAAAACGACUGAUGCUAACCGCUAAGGGCAAUGCCUGCUCCCGUAAUUUGUUACGGCGAUUUGGGAAUGUUAUGGAAUUUCCUCUGCAGUAUUUUGUUGUGAUAGCCAUUCACUUACCUUUCUUUCAGGUUUCUUUGCGGAAAAUAUUUUGCAUGUUUUAAACCACAGGCAGACCACCCUCUGUUAGUGGGAGCCGUUGUUGAUUGAAAUCUGAGCAACGAUUUUUUGUUAUUUAUAGAAGAAUUACAUAUGAACAAUACGGUGAUUAUAAUUUGUUCCAAAAUGCAGAAUUUAAAGCAAAUUUUUCAAUAAAAGUUUGAAGAAAAUGUUAACUGAGUCAUGUGUCAUGUUCUAACCGCCUAGGUCAAAUACUCAUCUCGCAAAAUAGCGCUUAAAACAGCACGGGAUGGCGAAAAAAGACAUGACACAUGACUAAGUUAACAUUUUCUUCAAACUUUUAUUGAAAAAUUUGCUUUAAAUUCUGCAUUUUGGAACAAAUUAUAAUCACCGUAUUGUUCAUAUGUAUUUCUUCUAUAAAUAACAAAAGGUCGUUGCUCAGAUUUCAAUCAACAACGGCUCCCACUAACAGACGGUGGUCUGCCUGUGUUUAAACCUCUUUGGAAGUGUUUAUGGUGAAGAUAACGUCAGUUUUAUUUAAAUCAAAGCUUUUAGCAGGGUUAAGCCCAGAGAGCCCUCGUGGCCUAGUGGUAAAUCCGUAAUAUUGGAACAAAGGUCCUAGGUACGAGUCUCGUCUGAUAUGCGUUUUUUUUUCCCUUGUCUUUUUCCUUCUUUUUCUUUUAUUACUAUUUAUUUUUUAUCACAGUUAUCAUAAAAACAACUGUUUAAGCCGUAAAGAUUAGUCAUUUUUUAACAAUAGAGGACAGAAUAUCAUAACAGCAUAUAAAUAUAAAUAAAACAUAUAAAUAAAAAUAAAAAACAAAUAAAACAAAUAAAACACCCGGCAUAAAGACAAAUGAACCAUGCUUCAAUGAAACCUCGAAAUGUUAACCUGUACUCGAGUAAUGUUCUCGAUCGAAGGCUGUUUUCCCCCUGUUGAUGAGGUAAAAAGUAAUAAAUAGAGCGCGAGGUUCCUCUGUCCUUGAAUUCGUCAAUGAGAAAUGUCUCCUUGUUUUUCCCUCCCCGCACUACAUGUUGUUACUGUUUUGUUUUUUAAAUGCACUGAUACAAUUCUUCGACAUUUUAGAAAGCUGGAGCACGCGGUUAUAUUUUCUUAACUCAUUACACCCGGGAUGACACCCAAAUCAUCUGACAUUGAAUUUUGAACCAUAAAAUAUCAGAAAGGCAAUGGACCCCCUCCUCCCUCAAACCCCAACUACGCGCCCAAAACACAUUUGGCGGAAGUCUUCAAGACAAAUCCUGUCAUGAGCCUUUUUGAUUGUCAGGCCUCCCAUGAACACGCUGAUGACCUUUGGGCUUGUCACGCCAAUCCUCUUCACCGAGGGCGCAUUAUAACCACACGAACGGCACUAGAGGGCUCUCUCGCCUUCACCCUGCAAAAAGCUUUGAUUUAAAUAAAACUAACGUCAUCUUCACCGUAAACACUUCGAAAGAGGUUUAAAACAUGCAAAAUAUUUUCCGUAAAGAAACCUGAAGGAAAGGUAAGUGAUAGACUUGGCUAUCACAACUACAUACUGCAGAGGAAAUUCCACAACAUUCCCAAAUCGCCGUAACAAAUUACGGGAGCAGGCAUUGCCCUUAGCGGUUAGUCGUUUUAGUCCAUGAGGUCUUCGUUUUAGUCCAUAGGGUCUUCGUUUUAGUCCAUGAGGUCUUCGUUUUAGUCCAUAGGGUCUUCGUUUUAGUCCAUGGGGUCUUCGUUUUAGUCCAUGGGGUCUUCGUUUUAGUCCAAGGGGUCUUCGUUUUAGUCCAUGGGGUCUUCGUUUUAGUCCAUGGGGUCUUCGUUUUAGUCCAUGGGGUCUUCGUUUUAGUCCAUGGGGUCUUCGUUUUAGUCCAUGGGGUCUUCGUUUUAGUCCAUAGGGUCUUCGUUUUAGUCCAUGGGGUCUUUGUUUUAGUCCAUAGGGUCUUCGUUUUAGUCCAUGGGGUCUUCGUUUUAGUCCAAGGGGUCUUCGUUUUAGUCCAUAGGGUCUUCGUUUUAGUCCAAGGGGUCUUAGGUCUUAGGUCUUUGUUUUUGGGUCUUUGUUUUAGUAACACCCGGUAAGAGACGAAACAGAGCUAAUAAACUGAUAGCCAGUAGGCAUUACUUUGCUUCAUUUCGGUGGUGUAAUUCGUGAAAACUGACCUAAAUAUCUGCUGAAAAUAUGGACUGAAAGUAAAAAAAUGUCUUGGAAGGUUACUAUGAGAAAAGGGUAUUUGGAGUACCACCUAGUCUCUUUUUAAAGCCAGUUUCAAACGUCGAACGACAAAUGUGCCGAAUCUAAUGCAAAUGAGUAAGAACAAUAGAUUUUCUCGUAGUUACUAAAACAACGAAUGACCUACAAUGACCUACAAUGACCUACAAUGACCGAACGAGGGGACCUGAAAAUACGCUUAAGAUCCCUGUAAUAAGCUAAAAUGAAGAUUUUAGAAAAAGACAAAAAAAAUAGAUCAGGGGACGCGUGCAUAAACAUAAUGCGUUUAGUCUACUGCAUGACAGCCCAAAUGAUGACAGCAUCUCUAAUUCCGGGGGGGGGGGUACUUUAGGAAUUUCCGGGUGGGGAUGUGCCGCUGGGACCCUGGAACCCUUAACCUAUACUAGAGCUGGUUCAGCUGAAUUUUGCUACCCUAUACUAGAGUAAAUCCAAAUCCCCCCUAUCCUAGAGUAGCUGUUUCCCUAAUCUAGAUAAAAUCUUCACCCAACUGAUUAGUUUCCUGAAAAAUGAUACCUAUUCUAGAGCCAAACGCUCUGAUUUAUAUACCCUAUCCUAGAGUAAACUGCUUGAAAACCAUACCCUUCACAGCAGCACAUACCUAUAUAGCCCAUAUGUGGCAGUGCCCCCCCCCCCGCCGGCUCUAAUUAUUACACUUGGAGAUAAAUCUACAGUGUAAUAAUACAUGUAUGAUGAUAAUGAAUAAAAAAAUCGCAAAAAAACCUUUGGAUUAUUUUCCCGUGUUACAAACUAAUCCAACAAAUUUGCUAGACAACAGGGUGUUACGAAAACUAAGACCCUCGAAAACUAAGACCUAAGACCUAAGACCCGUCUUAGUUUUUGAAAUUACGAAAACUAAGACCCCCUAAAAUCGAAUCCGUCGAAAUAUAAAGUCAAAUUGUAACCGAAAUAGGUCUGAUCUGUCAAAUUAUAUAUGUUCGAUCCUUUCCACCGAGUUUUAGGUCAAAUUUAACGGUAAAUUUAGGGGUCUUAGUUUUCGUAAUUUCGAAAACUAAGGCCCCUCUUAGUUUUCGUAAUUACGAAAACUAAGACCCCCACGAAAACAAUCUCUAAAAUUUCUACAAAGUCGAAUUACGACCUAAGACUAAGACGGGUCUUAGGUCUUAGGUCUUAGUUUUCGAGGGUCUUAGUUUUCGUAACACCCCUAGACAACAAGCAAGUUUUGAUUUGAGUCAUUUUGAAAUUAUUUUGUGUUUUUUGUCCACUUUAUCAAGUGCACAUCACAAAACUGGUUCCAGUCAUCACGUGAGAUAAAAAUGCACCUGCGCCUGCGUGAAUCCAGUGUAUUGUCAAAGCACUGUGACUUUUGUCCAAACCAUCCCUUGCAACCUUUCCUGUUAGUUGUGUUUUGUGUUGUCUUUUUUUCAAACAAAUUAAACAAACACAGUCACCCCAACAGUCGAUCCCAGGGGAUCUUCAGGGGACGUCUGGGUAUAGAUGAACAAACGAGGCCUUCAAAUUCUGACCCUGUUUAAAAGAAAAAUUGUUUAUUUAAGUACCCUGGCCUGUAUAAGACAUCAUAAAACCCUUUAAGUGGCUUCUGGUCCAACAAGAUGCUCUGUUUGUAACGCUAAAUAGUAAAAUCCAUAUCCUGCUCAGCGGCCCAUACUAAGGGAGUGCCUGCAUGACUUCCGUCAAUACAGGGUAUAAUAGUGUUAACGGUAAAAACGUGAUUGCAAUAAUUUUUUUUUCAAGUUUCUCAAGUUACCUGAGAUCAAGCUUUAUUUUUGUUUUGCCUUUUCAAAAUGUGCUUGGCAAUUAAUAAUUAAUUGCCAUUUUAAUACCAUGAGCCUAGUGUCACAUCCAAGUGUGACACACGACAAACAUCAUUGUCUGUCAUUUUGUAGCUCAUUGUAGUGGGCUUAUUUUAACUCAUUUUAGCUCGUAGCAGCUCAUAGUAGCUCAUUGUAAAUCAUUGUAGAUCAUUGUAGGUCAUUGUAGGUCAUUGUAGAUCAUUGUAGGUCAUUGUAGGUCAUUGUAGUUCAUUCCCUGUUUUAGUAACUACGUAGAUUUUCUUCGUCUUCAUCAAAUUCAGCACAUUUGAAAUUCGACUUUCUAAUCGGCCUAAUCACGUGACCAUGCAGAAGAACGCUAAUUAACUUUUUUCGCAGAACUUGCAGUAGAAAAAGCAAAACCUAACCUACAAUCGGUGACAAAAUGAGUUGAGACCCUUUGUCUUAAAGUGGACUUACGUUUUACUGACUUCAAAAGAAGGAAAUAUGGCUUUUCCUCCCCCAUCCCCUCGCAAUGUU